CGACACCAAACUGCAAUUAGGGUUUCAAAUCCUCUCCGUUCACCUCUUCCAGCUGCAUUUCCUUUCCCCUCCUCAAUCUCCACUUUCCAAUUUUCAUUUUUACUUUUGGUUCUGGUUGGGAGCAGAAUUACGACGACGACGACGCCUGGAAUUUCCGAGAGUAUUUUGAUUUCGAUUCACGAGGGGGGAAGGCAUUCCCCAUGGGAAUUAAUACCAGGAAAUUUCUGGCGACGAGAAACUUGACCUGAACCGUUGUUUUAUUUGUUUUUCUUAUCAAAAAUUGUGGUUGAGUUUGAGGAAUUGAGUGAGGAAAACGAAUGCAUUAGAGGCGGAGGUGUUGGGGAUUUUGAUUUCUGAAUCUAAUCGAACAUUUUACGUACUUGUUGGAGGAGCAAUUUCAUGAUUGGAUUUGAAAUGGAUUUCGAUUUCUGAAUCUAAUCGAAGAACAUUUUUACAUACUUGUUGGCGGAGCAAUUUCAUGAUUGGAUUUGAAAUCUGAUUGAUGCGCACGAUCUACAUCCAUGGAGAGCUGCAAAUCGCCUCUAUUGAAGAGCCAUUCCAAUUCCAAUUCCGAAUCCAAAUGCUGCGACUGCGCCUGCAGCUGUUCAUCAACGACGAUGAGCAGGUCGCUUUCGGGGACGAAUCUUCAAUCCUUCAAGCGCAAGCACGUGGAAUUAGAGGAGCAGCAUCAAUCCGCCAUUCCUCAAAACGCCCGUGUUGAGAUCGAAAAUGAAUGCAAGGCACUCAGGGAGGCUGUUGGCCGACAGCAGCAGACGAUACAGGAUCUCAUCUCUGAUUUAGAACAGGAAAGGAAUGCAUCUUCCUCAGCUGCAAACGAGGCCAUGUCUAUGAUACUCAAGCUGCAGAAGGAGAGGGCAGAGAUAGAGAUGGAGCUGAGGCAGUUUCAGCGAUUUGCAGAGGAGAAAAUGGCACAUGAUGAGCAGGAGAUGUUGGAUUUAGAGGAGUUUCUGUACAAGAGGGAGCACGCCAUUGAAGCACUCAACUGUGAGGUCCAAGCAUACAAGCACAGACUGAUGAGUUUCGGAUUAUCAGAUGCCGAGGCCGACGAAGCCAAUUCGGCUAACGGCGAGAGCCUUAUGAACAGGAACAACAGCAUUGCAGAGAAUCUUGAAGGCCAGUUCGAAAUUCCCAGCUUCGAAUUCUAUCCACAGCUCAAGUGCAAGAUAAACGAAUCCCACAUCUACCACGACGACGAUGAUCUCACCGAAAUCGAGAGGUCUGCAUUUGGGGAUACGCCGUAUUCUCGUGAUCAAUUGAAGGAUUUGGAGUUCCGAAUCAAUCAGCUCGAGCAGAGUCCGAGGACCAUUCAACCUGACAGUGCCAAGAUUGUGUUCGAAAAUGUAAUCGCAGGCCAAUCUCCAAGGCGUCCUCGGCAUCUCAGGAAGGUUUCAACCGACAGCAUGUAUUCUCCGUUCAAAGGAAUCGACUUUGAUUAUGCGACAGAGUCUCCGAAGUUUGGUGCCACCAUCAAGAAAGUGUACUCUCAUAUGGACAUGAGCUCGAAUUUAAGGAAGGCCGACAAUGCAUCUGAAUAUGGCGACGAAAUGUGCGACAGAGUUUACACUAUAGAUUCUAUUCAUCAAAGAGCUUCUGUUCACGGCGCCAUGGAUACGACUACUCCGAGAGAAUCCCUAAUCCAUUCGGACAUGAGAGACCUCGAAAUUCAGAAGCUCUACGCCAGGCUUCGCGCUCUGGAAGCGGAUAGAGAAUCGAUGAGGCAGGCGAUUGUUUCUGUCGGCACUGAUAAAGCACAGUUGGUGUUGUUGAAGGAGAUUGCUCAAAACUUGUGCAAAGAAAUGUCGACGUCGAAGGCCAAUCCUGUGGAGAAGCAGUCGGGCGUUAGGAGGUUCUCAUUCGUGUCCGCAUUCAAGUCGAUCAUGUCAUUUAUUUUCUGGAGAAGACGAGCACGCCGAUGCAGGCACAGUUUUGGGUUGUCCCCGGAGAAGGAAGGGCUGCUGUUGCUAUUAGACCGAAGCUCCCGAGUAGGGCAGUGGAGAUCGGUAUCUAUAUCCGCAUUGAACAUGUGAAAAACUCGGGAUGCCCAAUGGCUGCCUCCGUGUGUGUGUGUGUGUGUCUCUGUGAUCGAUCAUCUCAUCUCGUAUAAUCUGUUGUGAAGUGUGGUUGCAGCAUCCAUGAAUCCUCCAUCCAUGUGUCCCGGACCGAGAAAAAUGAGUCGAGGAGGAACCAACCGAUCCGUUACACAUGGGUCAUGAGGUAUGUAUGCAUUUAUGUAUGUAUGUAUGUAUGUAUGUAUGUAUUUUUAUGUGUUGGAAUGUGUUUUGUCAUUUUCUUUGAAUGUUUUGUUUAUUUGCUGGAUUGGAUUGGGUUUGGUUUGGUCUGGUCUGGUAAAUUCAUUUCAUUUUAUUGAGAUGAGAAGAUCCUCAUUCAUUUUUAGAAAAAUUAUAGAUAUAAUAUGCAUAUACAUACAUACAUAUAUAUAUAUCUAUGAUGUAUGUAUGAUUUGAGUGCA